UCCCUCUCGUGCGUCUUCUUCCCUGUCCUUUGCGCCCUGGCCGCGGUCUCCCUGCUCCACCCCGACAGUGCCUGGCCCCAAGCUCCAUGGCUGGUCGCGCCCAGCCCCGGCAUCGGACCUAGCUCGAUUUGGUCUUCAGCUCUCUGCGUCCGUGGAUCUCCCCUCCCCAGUUUCUUCUUGUGUCGCGCCUCCUCCCUUUGUCCGGCCAGAGCUCCGCUCGUCCCCAUGGCUACCGGCUUGCUGUGCCUCUAGUUCCGGCCGCAGCUCGACGCUCGGAGCUCCGUCCCUGCCGCGCGCCCUGCUCCCUCCCUGGUGCGCACGCGUUCUUCCCUGUUGCGCUUGGCCAUUGGCCAUCUCUGUCAUGGCACUUCAUUUCCCCCAGUCGAGCUCCCAGCGCUGCAGCCCUUCCCCAAUUCCUCUGCUCGCAGAGCUCCCUCUGCCUACUUCCCAUGGCGCUCGUCCCUACCUGCUCAGCCUUCGGCUCCGGCUCGCCGGCGCUCCUCUUUGUGCCCAGCUGUGUUCGCGCGGACCUCUGCUCCUUCAUCCCGCGCGCUUGCUUAUCUGUGUCCACGCGCGCGCGAAGCUCCCUGCGCGCCGCGGCUCGAUCCCUUCAUCCCACGCGCGCUCUGCCUCUCCCUCAACCCGUCGUGCCCUGCUGGUUCUCUGCUCGACCAUGGAAGUCGCGGUUCCCAGCUCCUCUGCCCGAACGCCAUCAUGUUCCCUGCAUGCGUUGAGCUCCUGCGCCGAAUCCUUUUCUAGCUUGCCGCGACACUCGGUGUCCUGCCUGCUUUGCUCACCCACGUCGGCUACUCGCUGGUGCUCCAACUCGUCAGCUAUCGUUGUCCUAUCUACGUCAGCGCGACCGUGGUCGUGUUUGUCGAGUUUGCCAAUGUUCUGUUGCCGAUUCGAAUAUCAUCACUGUUGUGUGCUUCGCUGCGUGCUCACCGAGUGUUUUCGGUUGUAUCUCAGCACUCGUGCUUGCUGUUGGCUCGCGUUAACGCUCGCGCGCCUGCUCGUUGUCACUGCGUCGCACUCGCUCUUCGUCCAUCGGACUUCACGCGUGUUCGCGUUUGUCAUCGAGCUGUUGAACCCGUCAUCCCUUUCUCGUGACUUCGUCGUGGCUAGAGCCCUCACUAGAUUCGUGUCCUCACCAGCUCGCUCUAGACACAAUCUCGUCGUCGUUCUAUGCGUCAUCAAGAAAUCCCAAGAAUCAGGUGAAGACGAAGCCAGCAGCGUGGUGUUCACCAAGUGCACGAUAAAAAGCUCGAACAUCCUGCACGACUCAAGUUCAAUUCGUCAAAAUUAUUUAGUCGAGGAGAAGAUCUUUAGCAAUUGAGUAUCGAAGAAAAGAAAGCCCCUGGAUGACGUUAACCGGAAACCGUCAUCGUGCUUCCGACUAUCGCCUCGAAGUAGUCAGGGUAAGCAAAUUUGUUAUUCUUGUUAGUGGAUGGAUGGAUGGUUUGACUUGGUAUGAUAUUUAUUAGAUUGCCUGAGUCGCUUUGGUAAUUUGGUCGAUGUCGUGUGGAGAAAGAGAUCUCAAUAGGUCUCAGUG